UCAACUUUUUCGUGCAACGGUUUGAUACUUCGUUCAUCAGCUUGGUGUCCCGAAAAAUCAAGAGUAUUGAACCUCUGAAUUAUUCCAACCAACAAAUCCGGUAAAUUUGUUCUUCUUUUUCAAUAGGAGGUUUGGAUUCAAGGCGGCUAGUCGUAAUGCCAGACAAGCGUGGUUUGUCCGUACAAAAUGUAGAAGAACUGGAUGUAUCUAAAUUAACAGCUUUAUCACCGGAGGUCAUCAGUCGCCAAGCAACCAUUAACAUUGGUACUAUAGGCCAUGUCGCCCACGGGAAAACAACAGUUGUGCGUGCCAUUUCCACAGUGCAUACCAUUAGGCAUAAAAACGAAUUGAUUAGAAACAUCACAAUAAAGCUUGGAUAUGCUAAUGCUAAAAUAUACAAGUGCAACAGUGAAGCAUGCAUACGCCCUGCUUGUUACCGUUCAUUCGGAAGUGCAACAGAUGAUUCUCUUCCCUGUCCUAGACCUGGUUGCGAUGGAACACUAACACUACUAAGGAGCCCAAGUCAAUAAUACGGUCUUGUAAGUAGCCAUCAUUUGGCUACGUUAUAUCGGUGCGUUCAUCUAUCGAUUAACGUUUUGUUCAUUGAUUUUAAAAGUCGAAAAUGAAAUCGCGAAAACCUCGAUAACAAGAGUGUAUGAGGUUUUAUAUUUUAUAACUUCAAUGUUUUUUUAACUAGGCAUGUUUCGUUUGUGGAUUGUCCAGGUCAUGAUAUUUUAAUGGCAACUAUGUUAAACGGUGCUGCUGUUAUGGAUGCAGCAUUAUUGUUAAUAGCCAGCAAUGAGACAUGCCCACAGCCCCAAACAAGUGAGCACCUCGCUGCUGUAGAGAUCAUGCAGUUAAAAUACAUAAUUAUUCUUCAAAAUAAGAUUGACUUAAUCAAGGAAAGUCAAGCUCGUGAACAAUAUUCUCAGAUUUUACGUUUUAUCCAGGGUACUGUUGCUCAAGGAGCUCCAGUUGUACCCAUCUCAGCACAAUUGAAGUAUAAUAUUGAUGUUGUUUGUGAUUACAUUGUGAAUCACAUUCCGGUUCCAGUACGGGAUUUCACAUCAGCACCUCGUUUGAUUGUAAUCCGAUCAUUCGAUGUAAACAAACCUGGUUGUGAAGUGGAUGAUUUACAGGGUGGAGUAGCCGGAGGGAGCAUUUUGCGAGGUGUUCUUAAGGUUGGGCAGAAAAUAGAAAUCAGACCAGGUCUCGUCUCCAAAGAUUCUGAGACUGGAGGUGUUACAUGUAGACCCAUUAUUUCGUGUAUCGUGUCACUUUUCGCAGAGCAGAAUGAUCUUGCUUACGCUGUUCCAGGAGGUUUAAUUGGAGUUGGAACAAAAAUCGAUCCACAGUUGUGUCGCGCUGAUCGUUUGGUCGGUCACGUUUUAGGAGAGGUUGGUACUUUACCUGACAUAUAUGUGGAAUUAGAAAUAUCAUUCUUUCUUCUUCGGCGCCUGUUGGGUGUUCGUACAGAAGGCGACCAAAAAGGAGCUAAGGUUCAAAAACUUUCUAAAAAUGAAGUUUUGAUGGUGAAUAUCGGGUCUCUUUCUAGUGGUGGAUGUGUUAUAGCUGUUAAAGGCGAUCUCGCUAAAAUACGACUUAAUAGCCCUGUGUGUACUCAGGUUGAUGAAAAAAUCGCACUGAGCAGGCGUGUUGAAAGACAUUGGCGAUUGAUAGGAUGGGGAGAAAUUCGACGUGGUGUCACAAUUCAACCUGUUCAGUGAAUGAUAGUAUGAAUGUGAAGAUUUGUACUUGUGUGUGCUGAUUGAUAUCCUUGGUUGUUUGUGUAACUUAAAUCUUUGUCAAAACAAAUGUUUUGUAUCUUGGACUUAACUGUUAUUUUUUCCUAGAAAUUACGAUUACCUAUUUACAGCUAUUUGUUAUGGCAAAUAAGAAAUUUAUCGAUAGCAAUUAUCGUUACCUUAAUAUCAUUCAUUGAUCUGUCAGCUCUAUUCAUAACCGCUGUGGGUUCUAGGGAGAUGGUUGAGUCCCUGAUGCCAUCAACCUAACUGCUUGUGCUCUAAUGAUUCCAAUAAAUCGUAGUUUACGC